UUAAAGAAGUAUAUUAGUGCUAAUUUCUCUCCAUUCAUCCUACCUUUCCCUUCAACCCCACAAGCCUUUGGCACAAUGAAGGGGAUAACCUUCAUUUGUGUUCUCUUUCUUUUCAGCUCUGCCUACUCCAGGGGUGUGUUUCGUCGAGAUGCACACAAGAGUGAAGUUGCUCAUCGGUUCAAGGAUUUAGGAGAAGAAAAUUUCAGAGGCCUGGUGCUGGUCACCUUUGCCCAGUAUCUCCAGAAAUGCCCAUUUGAAGAGCAUGUAAAGUUAGCAAAUGAAGUAACCGCGUUUGCAAAAACUUGUGUUGCCGAUGAGUCAGCUGAAAAUUGUGGCAAGUCCCUGCACACGCUUUUCGGAGAUAAAUUGUGUACGGUCGCAUCUCUUCGGGGCACCUAUGGUGACAUGGCUGACUGCUGUGAGAAACAAGAACCUGAGAGAAACGAAUGCUUCCUGAAACACAAAGAUGAUAACCUGAACCUGUCUGCAUUGGAGAGACCAGAUCCCGAAGCAAUGUGCACCGCCUAUGAGCAAAACGAACAGAUGUUUUUGGGAAAGUACUUAUAUGAAGUUGCCAGGAGACAUCCUUUCUUCUAUGGCCCAGAGCUCCUUUACUUUGCUAAAGAAUACAAAGAAGUUUUGAAAGGCUGCUGCUCAAAGGCUGAUAAAGCUGCCUGCCUGGGACCAGAGUUGGAUGCCUUGAAGGAAAAAGUAGUGGUUUCAGGUGCCCGACAGAGACUAAAGUGCUCCAGUCUUCAGAAAUUCGGUGACAGAGCUUUCAAAGCAUGGUCCGUUGCUCGCCUGAGCCAGAAAUUUCCCGGUGCUGAUUUUAUGGACCUUUCCAAAGUGGUGUCUGAUCUUACCAAAGUCCACAAGGAAUGCUGCGCAGGUGACAUGCUUGAAUGUGCAGAUGACAGGGCAAAUCUUGCCACGUAUAUGUGUGAAAACAAAAAUUUAUUCUCCAAAAACCUGAACGCAUGCUGUGAUAAACCUGUGUUGGACAAAUCCCAAUGCAUUGCUGAUAUGGAAAAUGAUAAAUUGCCUGAUGACUUGGCCCCAUUAAAUGCUGAUUUUGUUGAAGAUAAGGAACUUUGCAAAAAUUAUAAGGAUAACAAAGAUGUCUUCCUGGGCACGUUUUUGAAUGAGUACUCAAAAAGGCAUCCUGACUAUGCUGUCUCAUUGAUACUGAGACUUGUCAAGGGAUAUGAAGCUACAUUGGAGAAGUGCUGUGCCACCGAUGAUUCUCAUACAUGCCUUUCCAAAGUGUUUGAUGAACUGAAGCCACUUGUGGAUGAGCCAAAGGAAUUAGUCACAAAAAAUUGUGAACUCUUUGAAAACCUUGGAGAGUAUGGCUUCCAAAAUGCGCUCUUAGUUCGUUACACGAAGAAAUUACCCCAAGUGUCAACUCCAACUCUUGUGGAUGUCUCAAGAAAACUAGGCAGAGUGGGCAGUCACUGCUGCAAGCUUCCAGAAGUGAAAAGAAUGGGUUGUGCUGAAGACUAUCUGUCCGUGGUCUUGAACUGGUUGUGCGUGUCACACGAGAAAGCACCAGUGAGUGACAAAGUAACCAAAUGCUGCACAGAGUCAUUGGUGGGCAGACGGCCAUGCUUUUCUGCACUGGAAGCUGAUGAAACCUUUACUCCCAAAGAAUUUAACGCUGAAACAUUCACCUUCCAUGCCAAUGUAUGCGCACUUCCCGAGCCUGAGCAACAAGUCAAGAAACAAACUGCACUUGUGGAGCUGUUGAAACACAAACCCAAAGCAACUGAUGAACAACUGAAGACUGUUAUGGGAGAAUUCACAACCUUCUUCCAGAAGUGCUGUACAGCUGCUGACAAAGAAGCCUGCUUUGCAGAGGAGGGUCCAAAACUUGUUGCUUCAAGUCAAGCUGCCUUGGCCUAAAAACAACACACUCACAAACAUCUCAGCUUAUCCUAAGAGAAAGAAAGAGAAACGAAGACC